AUGGCAGAAUCUACAUAUUUCUGGGACGCGGGACUGUCAGUAGACUUGGCCCCUCGCCAUCCCUCUGGACUGCGCUUGCGGAAUCCGGUGAUGAUUGCCUCCGGGACCUUGGGAUACGACGGGUAUGGUCGGGGUCUCAUAGGCAACCACCCUCUGCACAAACUUGGGGCGGUGAUCCCCAAAACGGUUACGCGGUGGCCGCGGGAGGGCAAUCCGGAGCCUCGCUGGUUUCCGGAAUCAUACCGGGAAGCGUGGGAGUCAGGUGAUCACCUGUUUCUGAAUGCCAUCGGCCUGAUCAACCCCGGUAUAGAGACCGCGGUGAGGGAGUGGACGCGGGAAUGGGUGCAGUGGAACGCGACUGUAUUCUUCAGCUUCGCCGCUCAUAGUGUCGGAGAGUUCGGCGAGAUGGCCGCGAUGACGGAGGAAGCAGUUGGCAUCAGCGCACUGGAACUGAAUCUCAGCUGCCCCAACAUCGAGAACGGAGCAAUGUUCAGCUACAGUUCGGCCCUGACCCACGAUGCGGUGGCGGCCGUCAAGGCCAACAGCGACCUUCCUGUUCUGGCUAAACUCUCCCCGAACGUGCCAGACAUCACGGAAAUCGCCAGGGCCGCCGUGGAUGGAGGAGCCGAUGCGCUGACCAUUUGCAACACGCUUCCGGCGAUGAAAAUCGAUCUCGAAAGCCGCCGCCCGGUACUGGGAAACAUCACCGGCGGCCUGUCUGGUAUGGGAUUGCGGCCAGUGUCAUUGGCCUUGGUCUACCAGUGCGCGCAGGCCGUUAAUGUACCCAUCAUAGGAGUGGGAGGCAUUUUUGAUGCCGAACAUGCUCUGGAAUACAUCCUCGCGGGGGCGACUGCCGUACAAGUAGGUAGCGCCAACCUUAUAAGUCUGGAUGCGCCUUGGCGUGUAUUGGAUGGGCUGCAGAACUACAUGGCUGACAACAACAUAGCCAGCCUGGCCGAACUGCGGGGCGCCGGCCAUCCGGAAACAGUCAGCAAGAUUUAA